GCAAUGAACUAUCGGAAUUAUUUUCCCAAUUUCCAAAAAAUCACAAACAAUGAAUGAAAACCUAUACAGAUGAUAAUCGUACCUAAGCUUUAUCUAUGUGAUUCGUAUAAUACGAUAAGAUUACCUCAAAGGUUAAUUUGAACUCAAUAAUACAUGGUUGGAAGUGAUUUUCGUCUUUAAAAUCGAGUGGAUAUUUCCGAAUUAUGGCUCCAAAUGCAUCAUCAACGAAUACAUCCUCUAAUACGAAAAAAUCUAAGCCUCAUCCUUCUGAGGUUGCUUUUCAGGGAGUUGAAAUAAGUGUACAUAUCCUGAUCUGGAUUUUACAGGUGUUCUAUUAUGUUUUGGAGGAUAUAUACAGGCUGUUUCGCCCGAAGAAACUGAAGCCAGUCGACAAAGAAAUCGUUUUGAUAACUGGCGCUGGACAUGGCAUUGGAAGAGAACUGGCUUUCAAAUAUGCCCAGGCUGGGGCCACUGUUGUUGGUUGGGAUUUGUGCGAAGAGAAUAAUGCGAAAACCAUCAAGGAAAUCAACGAGAAAUUUGGAAAAAAGGCAUACGCUUACACAUGCGAUGUCUCAAAUCUGGAAGAAAUAAAAAUAACUGCUGAAAAGGUGAAGAGGGAUGUAGGUGAUGUCACCAUAUUGAUUGCUAAUGCAGGAAUAUUGUACAUUCGGCAUAUGCAAGAUUAUUCACCAAUAGAAAUAAAGAAGAUGAUUGAUACCAACGUCAUGCAACUUUUGUGGCUUUUACACGUAUACCUCCCAGUUAUGACGGCAAACAACUACGGCCACAUUGUUGGAAUAUCCUCUAUAGCAGGUUUAAUCGGUGCCAAAAACAUGAUUCCAUACGUUGCCUCCAAGUUCGCUGUGCGAGGAAUCAUGGAGGGUCUACUCGAUGAAAUCAGGGUGGACAAGAGCAACAAAAUUAAAACAACAGUUGUCUACCCCUACAUGGUGGACACCGGCUUAUUCAAGAUCUCGAAGAGUAGGUUUCCGCUUCUGAUGAGGAUUCUCAAACCAGAAAAAGUCGCUAACAGCAUCAUCAUGGCACAGCGUGCUGAACUGGAAGAAGUUUCAAUUCCAGGAUCAAUGAGACCAUUGAAUAACCUUGUGAGGAUUUUACCAAGAAAGGCAUACAGACGUUUGUUGGAUCUCCUAGAUACUAGUGUUGAGCCUGACCCUAUUGAGAGUUUUUGAGUCAGAUCUAUAUUUCAUGGAGUUUAAAUUUGAAUAUUAUGUUAAAAUAAAUAUUUUUUGAAUGA